AUGGCGGCACAGCAAGCAGCGGUGGCAGCCAGAGAGGCAGCCGCGGGGGAGAGGGAGGAAGGGGUGACGCAGAAGGAGGAGCGAGUGAGGGCGAGGGAGGAGAGGGUGAAGGAGAGGGAGGAAGGGGUGACGCAGAGGGAGGAGCGAGUGAGGGCGAGGGAGGAGAGGGUGAAGGAGAGGGAGGAGAAAGUGAGGGUGCGGGAGGAGAAGGUGAGGGCGCAAGAGGUGGAGUGGCAGAAGCAGAGAGGCACGGCUGCUGUGGCUGCCACGAUUUCUGGUGGCGGAAAAGUGGCUUCACAGGCGAAGAUGGCUGAUCUGUGCCGCAGGGAGCAGCAGCUACACGCAAACCAGGUGAGGCAUGUGCAGCUACACGCAAACCAGGUGAGGCAUGCGCAGCUACACGCAAACCAGGUGAGGCAUGUGCAGCUACAGGCAAACCAGGUGAGGCAUGUGCAGCUACAGGCAAACCAGGUGAGGGAUGUGCAGCUACAGGCAAACCAGGUGAGGGAUGUGCAGCUACAGGCAAACCAGGUGAGGGAUGUGCAGCUACAGGCAAACCAGGUGAGGGAUGUGCAGCUACAGGCAAACCAGGUGAGGCAUGUGCAGCUACAGGCAAACCAGGUGAGGCAUGUGCAGCUACAGGCAAACCAGGUGAGGGAUGUGCAGCUACAGGCAAACCAGGUGAGGGAUGUGCAGCUACAGGCAAACCAGGUGAGGGAUGUGCAGCUACAGGCAAACCAGGCAGCGGUGCGCGCGCAGCAGAGGCAGGUGUUUGAGGUGGAGCGGAGAGCUGGCGGGGCGGGAGAGGGCUCUGCAGCAGGCCUGGGCUCAGCACCGCCUGCACCUGCAGACCAUUGGGUGGACUGCGGCACAAGGGGGCGGGCGCAGGGGCAGGGGCAGGGGCAGGGGCAGGGGCAGGGGCAGCAGGGCAGGGGCAGGCAGGGGCAGGGGCAGGCAGGGGCAGGGGCAGGGGCAGGGGCAGGGGCAGGGGCAGGGGCAGGGGCAGGGGGAAGUGCAGGGGCAGGGGCAGGGGCAGGGGCAGGGGUAGUGCCAGGGGCAAGGGCAGGGGCAGGGGCAGGGGCAGGGGCAGGGGCAGGGGGGACAGGGAUUGCAACAAGAGAAGGAACAAGGGGGCGAAGGGAGCAGCAGGUGGGAAAAAAAGGGACAGAAAUGGAGGGGGAAGAUGAUGCAGGUGGUGCUGCGGAGGAAAGAGACGAGGAGCAGCAAAAGGUUGAGGAGGUUGGCAUGGAGUCAGACGCAGGAGGAGGGAGGGAUGCAGUGAGGGAUGGCAAUGAGGGUGUGGGAGGCCCCAGGGGGGCCGCAGAGGCAGAGAAAGAAAUAGAGGAAGAGAUGAGGUUAGGAGGUCAGGAUAGGGCUGUGACGGGGGGUGGAGGAGCGGUGCAAGAGAAGGGGUCUAAAGAGGGGGCGAUGGAGGGAGAGGGGAGGGACGGAAACGAGGCACGGGUUUUUGUGAACGUGAGAGAGGAGGCUGAGGGAGGAGGCGAGGGGGAGCAGCAGGGAGAGGAAGAGGUGUUGCGAGAGGGGAACAGGGGGAGAGGGGGGGUUGGGUCAUGGGGACAAGGGGGAGCAGAGGUUUGGGGAACUGGACAAGGAUUGGACAGGGAAGGAAGGGAAGGGGGAGAAUGGGGAUUGGGAAAGGGAGUAUCGAACAGAGUGAAAGAGGAGAGAUGGGCGGAGGGAGAGAAGGCCGAGUUGAGAGAAAGAUUUGAGGAGGGAUGGGGUGGGGGAGGGGAAGGUGCAUGGGGAAGCGAACAAGAGGAGGAAUUAGGAGGUGAGAGAAAAAGAUGGAGAGCGGAAGGAGGAGGAGGAUGGGGAGUGGAUGGGGAGGGGGAUGACAGGAGGAGCGAGCGAGAGUGGAUGGGGGCGAGGAGGUGGGGAGAAUCAGUGGGGCAGGGAAGGGAGCGAGGAGGGAUGGGCAAGGGGGUAUGCUCUGCCACUUCUCUCUCCUCUCUUCUGCACUCCCCACUUCUUCUUUUCCCCUUCUGCCUCUCCUCGUGUGCACUUGCACCUGUCGUCUUCCUAGAUAGCCAAUCGCAGCCAGCAGCAUCAACUCACCUGCUCAACCCAACAACACCAUCUCCUCUCUGUGUUCCUCGAAACAGCACCCCACGGCACAGCAGCGGAAGCGCUGGAGUCAGACGCACCGGGGCUGCUGGCAGGUGCUGCAGCAGAGGGGCUGCUGCGCGGCAUCCAGCUCUUCGACCUCGCCUUCAUGCGCUCAGCAGAACAGCAGGACCACCAGAAGCAGCAGCAGCAGAAGCAGCAGCAACCGGCAGCAGUGAGGAGGCAGCCAGCACACGGCCCCCCACGCUGGGUCUCCUCCCCUCUCAGAGGGGCGAGCUGGGGGACGGGGUCGGUGGGACUGAUGUCAGCUGUGGCAACGGGAUGGCGGGAGCAGAGGGGGGAGAUGGGGUGGAUGGGGUGGAUAGGGUGGAUGGCGAGGGGCAGGCAAGGUGUAAGAUGGAGUGGGAUGAGGAGGGGUGGGUGCUGGGCCUGGCGUUUGGACAGAGCUUGAGUGCACGCACUCUGGUGAUGCUGUGGCAAUGCCUCAAGCAGAAGCAGCAGCAGCAGGAGGAGGAUCAGGAGCAGGAGAAGCAGCAUCAGCGCCAGGUGGCAGUGCCCUCUGACUUCUCCGACCCUGCAGAGGAUUCUGUCCCGGCUCUACUCGCACACGUGGGAGCGCCUGCCAGGCAGGUGGCGAGGGUAGGGGGCGGAGCAGGAGCAUGGAAUCGGCCAGCGUACUGCGUGGAGAAACCUCGUCGCUCUCAUCACCCAUGUGCGUGUGUGCUACUGCUUGCUCAGGUGUGUGCUGCUGCCUGCCUGCUGUUUGAGUCGACUCAAAAAGGAAGGGCGAAGGGUGGAGCCGCAGGGUGGAAUCGCCCGGCGUACUGCGUGGAGAACCUCGUUGCCCUCAUCACGCCGGUGUGUGUGUGCUACUGCCUUGCGCACGCGGUGCAGCAGGCGGGGUGGCAGGUGUCGUGGGGCUGGUGUGGGGCCAUCCGCUGCUUCCUCUUUGUCUUCCCAGACCACAACAGCCUAUCCAACCUCUCGCCUGCCUUACAACCUGAUUCAUCCGACUCAGAAAUCAUCUGCCUUCGCAACCUCCUCUCCUCCCUGGACCCCAAUUCCUGGCCCCACUGCCCCCCCUAUACCCCCAACCACACGGCUGCCCGGAAGGAUCAUAUUGGAGGGAACCAGAGUAUGGCAGAACAACCCACUUCAACCAGCCCUCCCAAGCCUGACCAUCCUCCCUCCCUGCACAUCUCCCCUGGACCUGUUGCCCGGCAGGAUGAUAUUGGAGGCGCCAGAGUACGUACGGCCGGCAAGGCCAUCUACUUCUUUGAGCUGGAGGGGUGGAUCAUAUUGGAGGCGCCAGAGUACGGCAAGGCGACCUACUUCUUUGAGCUGGAAGCGGGGGUGGCGGUGCGCUGGCAGCUGCAGCGCCUGCUCGCUGUCUUUGGCGCCGCCUCUGUGUCGCGCAUCGACGUCCAUCACCAACCUGCCUCUUGA